ACUGUACACAAGCAGACGACACAUUGGGUAUGGCUUCAAUACGAGGCGACACCAACAAGCCCUUGACUAGGGUGUAUGUUGAUUAUAGUUAGGUCCUCAUUCUACUCCGGACCUAGAUGAUGCUGCGCGUGCUGCGUGAUACGUAAACAGGACCAUUUAAGACACACAGAGGAGUUGUGACAAUGGAAGAACCAGACAUUUCAUUACUAAAGAUGGCCGAUUCUGAAGAAAUCGUGAUGACCGCAGCCAAGCGAGAUGGGAAGGCCAUUAUGAGACUUGAGCGGACCUUUAUUAGUGAGAUAGACAAAAGCAAAGUGCACCACGUCGCGGGGGGUUCAUACAAAGGCAUCCUUAUCAACAAGACGUCGGCAGGUCUAGUAGACACGGGACCAGCUGAGGGCAGACUCGAGUUCUUGGCCUAUCUUGUCAAUGAAGGCGAACACAACCAAUCUCUGCAGGAUCAUUGGACGCUGAGUUUCUGGUUCCGCGGCACGGAGGACGGACUGGUGAAGAAAAACACGUACACGGACUACUUCCGGGAGCUCAUGAACCCUGCUGACUUCCCCAAAGACUACAUAGGUUUCAUUAAGAAAGCCCUGGUGCUGCUAAGGGAGUACUCUGUGAUACAGAGAGUGGAGCUACAAGUUCAACAGACACAGGACCAUUCCCCCGAGGAUGCCAUCCCUCCCAUACGCAGUUUUACCACUGUGGUAACACCAGCAGCGAACUCCUUCCGUUUUGUACCGGAAGUAUGUAUCAACCAGAAAUCUUUCAUAACCUUCAAGGUGAAGGCAGCUUGUGACGUGCGCGUCGUAUUGUCCUCAAUUUAUGGUGACGUAAACAACAAAGCUCAUGAAAUCGUGAUCGGUGCUGAAGGCAACACCAAAUCUUACAUUCGGGAGAGUGCGAAUGGCCCCGUCCGGGCGGAAAGUUUGACAAUGAAUAUUGUCAGUGAAGAAAACUUCCGCUACUUUUGGAUCAAUUGGGCACAUCAGCAUUUGGAGGUAGGACGAGGCGCUCAAUAUGGACAUGGAAGAUUCCUUCGUUGGCACGUGCUCCCUAAACGACAGUUCAAGGUCAAUUGCUUAGCUGUCGCCACCAGCAAGUCCUCUAAGGGCCAUUGGGAGUUCGCUGAACUUCUAGCUGAUUACAAAGAAGAAGACCCGGAAGUCGAAGCAGGAAGAAUUGCCAAAAGGGCUCGGAUCAGGGAGCAGUACAUGUGGCUGGCGAGGAAAUACCGGAUGUUGCAUUUACUGGAGGACGCUUUUCCGAAUGUCGUCAAAAUAGAAGAUCUCGUCCGCAAGUGUAAAAUACAUGUAUCUGAUCCUCUGGUCAUCGCACUGGUGCUGGCGGAACUCCAGGAACGUGGUUUGAUAAAGGAGGUGGUUGACGGACAUUGGAUGCGGAAACAUGGCGGAGGGCCCGCACACAAAGAGGACGAAGUGAAACUGGUGAAGGUGAUGCCGGUCCUCAGUUCGAGAGAACAGCCGAACAUUGCCAUAGUUACUACCCUGUUCUGUGAAAAACUUGCAGUGGAUGCCAUGAUUGAGAACAGGACCACAUUCGUCAAGUGUAAAACAGAAGGAGAGUCACAAGUGUACACUAUAGGGCGGAUCGGGAAACACCGGGUUGUAUCCACCAAGCUGCCAUGUACCCCCGGGGACGUCGAGGCAUCCAACAUAGCUGCGGGGAACUCCGUUACACGUCUCCUGGGGACCUUCAGCAAAGUAGAGCACGUGUUUCUGGUAGGCGUUGGAGGAGGAGUGUUGCACCAACAUGACCCUGAUGACCCCAUGACGACUGAUGACCUCGUGACCUUGGGUGACGUAGUCGUAUCCAUGCCGUCUAAUGGCACUAACGCCAUGUAUACAAAAUGUUACACAAGAGAAAAGGUUGGUAAAGAAGGUCUCCAAUAUUCACCGAGAACUUGGCACAGCCAUGAUGACACUUUAAGACGAAUCGUCAAGAAACUCAACGAAAAAAAUGUUCGCGGUGUGAAUCCCCUGGAACAUCUUAUAACAAGUGCACUUGAACAGCUCAAUGAAAUCGACUCUAAAUUCCAAAAACCAUCCAUUGGUGUUUCAGGAGUCGAAACUACUGAAGAGUUGUCGGAAAGGGGCACAACUGUGGUGUGUGGGGCAAUAGGAAGCGUAAGCUGUUUGGAUAAUGAUGAACGCUUGAGAAUGUUGUUUGCAAAAUCAAACGAAAUCAAAGCCUUUGACAAGGAUUUUGAAGCAGUGUUAGAAUCACUGGAGGGGAACAGGAAUGAGAGUUACUUGAUGAUCCGAGGAAUCGCCGAUUUUCAAUAUGGCGGCCGAAAGGAAUGGCAGCCGUACGCUUCACUGGUGGCAGCGGUUUACAUGAAAACCAUAAUACUUGCCUUGAAUGAAUAGGAUUCAUUGCGUUGAGAAACUGCUAUACUAAUGGUGCUUUAUAUAAAACAAUUUGGUGCUAAAUUCUAUUCGCCGAAUGGCAUAUGAUAAUGCGAUUUUAUGGAGAUCUUUUAUAUUAUUUUGUUAAUAAAUCAUGAAAAUAAUUACUCUGAAA